AUGCCACCCAAACGCGCCGCCGCCAAACGCAAAGCCGCUUCGCCGUCCCCCGACCCCUCCACCGAGUCCCACUUCGACUCUGGGUCCGAGGCCCCCUCUCAGGAGGAGGAGGCCGCGCCCGCCCCAAAGAAGCGCAAGACUGCUGCGAAGCCGAAAGCAGCAGCCGUCAAGCCCAAGGGCAAGGGCAAGGCGGCGGAGAAGGACCAGGACGUGAGCGUGGAAGGCGCGCAGCCGACGAACAAGGUGAUGCCGGCGGACCUGACGUUCCCGGCCAAGCAGGCGGUCUGCGUUCGCAUCGCAGCGUGGAACAUCUGUGGACUUGCCGCGGCACAGAAGAAGGGCUUCAAGUACUACGUUGAGGCGGAGGACCCGGACGUGCUCGUCCUCACGGAGACGAAGGUGAAUAACGAACCUGUAGACCCGGCCUUGGCCAGCCGCUUUGCGCACCGCUACUGGGCUAUAUCGGACAAGAAGACGUACUCGGGGACCGCGAUCCUUUCGAAGGUCGAUCCCCUUUCGGUCGAUUAUACCCUGCCCGGGCACCCAGACCCGAAGAGUGUGAAGGGUCGGAUUGUCACGCUCGAGUUUGCGAGCUGCUAUGUUGUCGGAACGUAUGUUGUGAACGCCGGCACAGGUCUCAAGACUUUGGACGCCAAAAAGGAGUGGAAUACGCACUUCGAGGCGUACAUCCGGGAGCUGGACGCAAAGAAGCCUGUGAUAUGGACGGGUGACCUGAAUGUCGCUCCCACCGCACUUGAUCUGACCAACCCGAAGCCAAAUUGGAAUAAGACGCCAGGGUACACCGAAGCGGAGACGAGCUCAUACGCGCGUAUAUUGAACACGUCCAAGGAGGAAGUGGACGCGCCCCAGUUCGUGGACGUGUGGCGGAAGCUGCACCCCGCGCUGAAACACUACACGUACUUCUCGUACCGGUUCAACUGCAGAGAGAAGGGCAUCGGCUGGCGGCUAGACAUGUUCGUGGUGAGCGCACGGCUGGAGGAGCGGGUGAAGAUGUGUGAGAUACGGAGCGAGGUGUACGGCGCGUCGGACCACUGUCCUGUGGUCAUGGAGCUCGCGGGCGAGCUCUGA